AUGAUGGUGAAAAUCCAAUAUCCUGAAUAUAGUAUCCAAAGAGGAACAACAGAAGACAGCGCACCUAAACAAUAUCAUUUUGCUCUUCAUUGCGAUAAUUGUAAGCCGAGAACUGAUAGUCAUUUGGUUUGUAAAGAUUCCCAAUCAGUUGUUGGCCUGUCCCAUGAUACACAAAAAUUUGUCUCUUAUAUAAAUUUUAAGACUGUUGACCGAGCUGAAGUCUGGGAAUUCUUGUACAAUACACGAUCAAUAAUAGCUUUGCUACUGACGCGUCAUGUGCAUCCUACACGCUCUAGACUUGGUAGAAAAGUACAACAUAGCAAUUUCAAGAAUGUCAACUUGGGACGUGUAUUGCAAUUCGUUGUGGAACAUGGUCCGUUCACAACGGUUACGGGAACAAAACAACUGAAAGAUAGCUCUUUACAGUCUUUUUGCGGGGUUCUUAAUACGUGUCGUCUAAAAUAG